AUGUCCAACACACCCGGGGUAGUCCUAGCAGUCAAGCCGGACGGGACGACGACGGCCCAGACGGCGACUGGAGCCUCCAAAUACCAAGCCAUACUCGACGAGCACUGGAAGAAUGCAGAGCCGAAGGGCAAGCCGCUCGAGACCAAGCUCUUCUUCGGCCCCGAGAGCACCGCGAUCGCCGCCGUCGGCACCGGCAAGAUCUCCGAGGCCCUCAGCGAGAUCGAGAAGGCCGACAAGACCCGCAAGAUCGUCGGCUCCGGCGCAAAGGCUUUGAAGGAACAUAUCAGCCAUAACAGGGAGGUCCUUGUUGACACCGUCUGGAGCUCCCAUGCUGCUGCCGUCGGUGCUACCGUAUCGACCUUCAACUACAGCCUCAAGACGAAGAAAGAGGCGGUCGAGAAACGGAUCCCGAUCUCUUACAAGCCUCUGAGCGACCAACCCGUGCAACUGUCGAUCGAGAAAGCUAAUGGGAAGCUCAUCGGCCUCGACUGGUCGACAGGCCUCGUCUUCGGCCAGGCCCAGAACCUCGCCCGGGAACUCAUGGAGAGCCCGGCUAAUCUGAUGACCCCCACCCUGUUCUGUGAAAGGAUCACAAAAGAGUUCCAGGGAAUCAAGAACGUCGAGAUCCAAGCCCACGAUAAAUCUUGGGCCGAGGCCAAGAAGAUGAACUCGUUCCUGUCGGUGGCUAGGGGAACCACGGAGCCAUGCAAGUUCCUCGAAAUACAUUACAAGGGCGCGAGUGGAGGGGCUGGAGAAUUCAAGCCGACGGUUGCGCUGGUCGGCAAGGGGAUCACGUUCGACUCUGGAGGGAUCUCUAUCAAGGGCGGGGCCGGGAUGAAGCUGAUGAGAGCCGACAUGGGUGGGGCGGCCACAGUGACGAGCGCGGGAUGGGCGAUCGCCAAGCUGGGCAUCCCCAUCGAUAUGCUCAUUUGCACCCCCUUGACCGAAAACAUGCCCAGUGGUCACGCUACUAAGCCUGGUGACAUUAUCUAUGCUAUGAACGGAAAGAGCAUCGAAGUCGAUAACACUGACGCUGAGGGUCGAUUAGUAUUGGCCGACGCAUUGUACUACGCCUCUUCCGUCUACAAACCUAAGACGGUCAUCGGUUCAUACAUAUUUUCUUUCUUUAACUGUCUUCAUUGGCAUAAAUAAAAUUGACUGAUCCGAUCUUCUUCUUCUUCUUCACUCUAGAUUGUGCCACACUUACUGGGGCC